AAAAAAGCACCACUAUUCUCUCCGCUCUCAGUUUCUCCGCCCGCGCGGCCGCGCCCGAGGCCCCGAGCCGACGAGAAAAGCGCUAACCGAAAAGGGAGAAGACAGAAAGGGGAGCGGAAAGUUCAACUACCACCUAGCAUCCUCCUUUCGCCAUUUCCCCGGAAUCGGAGCAGGGCGGACAGGAUCACCCCUGUGAGCUGGUCACCAUCCUUUUUUGGGAUGGCUGUUGCUUUAAAGACAAUCGGUAGUUUUUGUAACACACAGCAGCAGUGUCUACAUUCAACAAGAGAUCGGAUUUUGUACGGUUAUUCCCAUUCAAAUACCAAAGAAUGCAAAAGCAAGAAUGCAAAAAGGCCUGCUCCACUGUGUGUUAAAGCUACUUCCACGAAAGUGGAACUGGAUUUCAGCGAUCCAUCUUGGAAGCAGAAGUUUCAGGAAGACUGGGAUGAGCGUUUUAAUUUGCCACGUAUUACAGAUAUAUAUGAUGAUUUGAAACCAAGGCCAACUACAUUCUCACUCAAGAAAAAGAGGACCCCUAGAAGUGAUGAAGAUAGUACACCGAUGGAUAUGUGGAAUGGCUACGUGAACAAUGAUGACCGAGCACUUCUGAAGGUGAUAAAGUAUUCCUCACCUACUUCUGCUGGAGCAGAGUGCAUUGAUCCUGAUUGUAGCUGGGUCGAGCAAUGGGUGCAUCGUGCAGGGCCUCGUAAGGAAAUAUACUAUGAGCCAGAGGAAGUAAAAGCUGCUAUAGUUACUUGUGGAGGUCUCUGCCCUGGAUUGAAUGAUGUCAUCAGACAGGUAGUAUUCACCCUUGAGACCUAUGGGGUUAAGAAUAUUGUUGGGAUUCCAUUUGGUUAUCGUGGAUUUUUCGAAAAAGGCCUAAAAGAAAUGCCUCUUUCACGUGAUCUAGUGGAGAAUAUUAAUCUUGCUGGUGGAAGUUUUCUAGGAGUCUCUCGUGGAGGAGCUAAAACUAGUGAGAUUGUGGAUAGUAUACAGGCCAGAAGAAUUGAUAUGCUUUUUGUACUUGGUGGAAAUGGUACCCAUGCAGGAGCAAAUGCUAUCCAUGAUGAGUGCCGUAAGAGAAAGCUCAAAGUUUCAGUUGUAGCAGUUCCAAAGACCAUUGACAAUGAUAUACCUUUGAUGGAUAAGACAUUUGGUUUUGAUACUGCGGUGGAAGAAGCUCAACGGGCCAUUAACUCCGCCUAUAUAGAGGCACGUAGCGCAUACCAUGGUAUCGGUUUGGUCAAAUUAAUGGGAAGAAGCAGCGGCUUCAUUGCAAUGCAUGCUUCCCUUUCAAGUGGGCAGGUUGAUAUCUGCUUAAUACCAGAGGUCCCGUUCACGCUAGAUGGAGAAUAUGGUGUUUUACAGCACCUUGAGCAUUUAUUAGAAAACAAGGGCUUCUGUGUGGUUUGUGUUGCUGAAGCUGCAGGACAAGAAUUAUUGCAAAAAUCAGGUGCAACUGAUGCAUCAGGAAAUGUAAUACUUAGUGACAUUGGUGUUCACAUGCAACAAAAGAUUAAGAUGCAUUUCAAGGGUAUUGGUGUUCAUGCUGAUGUGAAAUACAUUGAUCCAACAUACAUGGUCCGGGCAUGUCGCGCCAAUGCAUCUGAUGCAAUUUUGUGCACUGUACUUGGACAAAAUGCUGUCCAUGCAGCCUUUGCUGGGUUCAGUGGCAUCACUUCCUGCAUUUGCAACACUCACUACGUCUACCUCCCCAUUACAGAAGUCAUCACAUCACCUAAGCGUGUGAACCCUAAUAGCAGGAUGUGGCACCGUUGUCUCACGUCCACUGGCCAGCCGGACUUCCACUGACCACUUUGUCUUCAUUGGGUAACCAAAUCGUUGAGCAUUACUCUUUUGCUGAUGUGCUACCAACAUGGUCACCAGGAUGAUAGUCGACAAAAGUGUGAUGCUGAGAUAGUGAGAUGAAACUUGAUUAACUUCUUUGCAAGAAAUUUCUUCAUUGGUGUGAUUGUCCAAACACCAGAGUCUUAACUAUGCCGCAUCUCGAUGCUCUUGCAGUACCAUGUAAUGCCACAGAUCUGUGACGGGAAUAAUAAAUGUAUUUGUCUUCUUCUGUGUUUCA